CUUCACUCCGACAUACUACUGAAUUUAUUCAACGUUAUCUCUUAAAAAAAAUUGAUUUGCGUUAACAUGAAGCUUCUUACGCAUAACAUGCUGACUUCUCACGUCAAGGGCGUCACCAACGGAUACCCGCUGCUAAUCAAGGUGCGGGGCAUCCUCGAUGCAAAGUGGCCAUUGUGAUGUGUAGGAGCGCCCCCGAGGAGACCGGCAGCAGGUCGGCGGACCAUUCAUCGUCUUCCCAACAUGCCAGACACACUAUGAUCCUGGUGCCAAUGGACACGCCGGGCGUGAAGUUGAUCAGGCCUCUCACAGUGUUUGGACAAGAGGACGCGAUCCACGGGGGCCAUUUUGAAGUGCACUUUGAGAACGUGCGCGUAGCCGCCGCCAGCAUUAUAUUCGGCGAGGGUCGAGGCUUUGAAAUCGCUCAGGGACGUCUGGGUCCGGGCCGGCUGCAUCACUGCAUGAGAGCCGUGGGCCUGGCGGAGCGGGCGCUGGAACUGCUGUGCCAACGCGCAGCCUCCAGGCGAGCCUUUGGCAAGAAGCUCUAUCAACACGAAGUGGUCGCUCACUGGAUCGCAGAGUGCCGACUCCUGAUUGAGCAAACGCGCCUCCUCACACUCUGUGCCGCACAUGCGCUCGACACGCUCGGCAGCCGUGCCGCACGCAAGCAGAUUGCGCUGAUCAAAGUGGCAGCGGGCAGAAUGGCGUGCAAAGUGGUGGACUGUGCCAUCCAAGUGUUUGGGGGUGCCGGUGUUUCUGGAGACUUCCCUCUGGCGCAGAUGUAUUCCUACGCAAGAACUCUGCGUGUUGCUGACGGACCAGAUGAGGUGCACUUGUCCACCAUCGCCCGUCUGGAGCUGAGGGAUCAAUUGGCCAAAGCCAAGCUGUGACGUCUUCAUAACGUGACUUCCAACCGCAAGCACAGGAGGUCUUUCACAUUUGGAUUCCGCUGCGGUGACUUAAGACUGCAAGACAGGAAAUAGAACAAAGGGUGCAUUUAUUAAAUAAAAACACACGGCUUUGGUAAUUCCAGCGACACACACAAAAUGCGCCCUGCAACAAUGUGAGGCCAAUUUCCUGUGACCUCUCAAGAUAAACAGUGACCCAUGCGUAUGUUUAGGAGAAAAGGCAAUUUAGCUACGCAGUUGCUAAAUGAUCAUAGUGCCAAGUAGCAAACCAGUGAUUCUGAUGUAUUGGUACAAUAUGACAAGUCGUGUGUGUUAUGAUUCAUAAUCUUAUUUUGUGCUGUUUGCCCAGUGUCGAGACCUGCCCUUGGGCUGUACUUUGUCAAGUUUCUCUCACCUCUGCAUAAAGUUUGUGACUGUAAGUCUACUAAACAAAA